ACAGCAACGCCCACAGUUCCUAUCUGCAUCACCAUCUCUCACCAGCUUCAACUUCGCCGGCUUCAGCCCUCUGUCCACAUCGUCGACAACAUCUUCUCAUCGUCCUCAUCGUCGCCUUCCUCCUGCCUCUCCUCACCCCCGUACCCGCCGACACACGACCAAGAUGGCGACGGUCCCGGCAAGAUCCGGAGGAAGAAGAAGAAGUGUCACCAGCAGCAGGUCCAGCAACGACAGGCCGCCAACAUGCGCGAGAGACGCCGAAUGCAGAGCAUCAACGACGCCUUCGAGGGCCUGCGCACCCACAUCCCCACCCUGCCCUACGAAAAGCGACUGUCCAAGGUGGACACACUGCGCCUGGCCAUCGGCUACAUCGGCUUUCUGGCCGAAGCUGGUCCAGAACGACAGCCACACCAAGGAGAACCUCAGCAACCACGUGGGAGAGCAGCCCAAGAAGGUCAUCAUCCAUUGUCACAGAGGAAUGUCCGAAGCUGAGGCCUACGGCUACCCUCCCCUUGCUGGUCACUCGUUGUCCUGGACAGACGAAAAAAGGCGCGGACCUGGUCCUAACAACACGAUGGUGGCCAAGAUCUGGACGCCUGAGGACCCCAGGAAACACAAAAUUCAGACCAACGAA